AUGGCAAAGGCAUACACGCAGGAUGAUUUUGAUGAGUUGAUGGCAAAGGUUCAAAAGGUAGAACCGUCAACCGAAUUCGUGUACACAGUACAUGAUGGAGGAAGCCGAUUCAUUCUUAAUUUGAACAGCAAAACUUGCAGUUGUCGUAUGUUUCAACUAGAUGAAAUCCCCUACCCUCAUGCAUGGGCUGUCAUUAAAAAGAAAAAUCUGGCUGCUGAUGAUUAUUGCUCUGAUUUAUUCAAACCGAAGACCGUGUUGAAGACAUAUGAUGUACCUGUGGAUCCUCUACCCGACGAGCGUGAAUGGAACAUUCCCAAAAACAUCUUGGAGGAUGUGGUUUUGCCACCAAGAUACAAGAGACCGUCUGGUAGGCCAAAGAAGAGGCGUGAUAAGCCUUUAAGUGAAUUGUUGUUUGGAAAGAGCAGACAUGCUUGCAGUACUUGUGGAUAA